AUGGCGACUGCAGGCGGGAGGAUAGAUUCAUCCUCUAUACUGACACCCCCUUCAGCACCCGUUAGUGGCUCUCAGUGGCAAGGCGCUCAACUCACACCCACUAAACUUCAGCUAAACACUCCCCGGCCCCUUACCUCAUCUAUCGAAUCCGUAGCUCCACCAUCACCUACCUGCGCGUUCGUGAGCCCGCAAACGCCAGGACAGCGUCACCCCAACAUCCCAUGGGCAACACUUGUCGCCUCAUCACCUCAGAAGGAGCCAGGCGCUGACGAGUAUAACUCAAGGCUAUUGCGCCUGGCGCGGCGCCGGCCAACUUGCGAGCAACGAAAGACCAUGGUCGAUUUCCUCGCAAGCCUUGGUCUUGGCGGCGCGCAGACACCCGCAGCGUCAAGUAACUCGCAAUGCGAUUCGGUCGAGGAGCUCCAGCUCAAACUACGAAGCAUUCUAGAUGCCAAGGCGACACCGACACGGGCCGAAAAUGUGGCUUUGACAAUCGAAUUGAGAGCCACGGUACGAUUUCAGUUGCCUGUGUCCGAAUCGGAGAAUGGGACACUCGAGAGCCUAAACAACAUCGAUCCGUCACUGGGAGGAGCGCAAUCUAUAGGAAUGAAUGGCAAUCGGGAUGAAGGACAGCUAUCGCGCGUGGUAUUUGCCAAUGACACGCUCAUGAACCAGCCACAAGACGACCCGACGCUCCAACGGUCUGUCGCAAAACAUAUCAUUUCAAUAAUCAGCUCAACCGAUGGGAGUACCUGGACCGUUCGAGAGGUGUCGCGCGUUACACAGGGUUGGACUUUUACGUAUUUGUGCAAGGACUCGUAUCAGCAAUGGACUCGACAGAAUGCGAAGAAUCCAACGAAAACAAUAGUAGGAGAGUUCAGUCAGAGAGAGCCUGACCCAGUUCUGCAUGCUCGGCCUGCUUUUGACUGUCGAGGAUCUAUCACGAUUGCCUUUAACCGUGGCAGUCGCUCCAUCAAUGUAAAAUACAACCAUACACCUUUGCACAAAACAGUUGCAGAGCUAGCCGCCCACUUCAAGCCUGCUCCUCGUCAACUGGGACCAGGCGCGCAGAGACUCCUGGAACAGCAGCAGAAGGCUAAGGAGAAGACGCCGAGGAAAUCUAGAGGUGAGAAGAAAGACAAGAAGGAGCGAAAGAAGCGGGAUUCUACUAUAAAGGCGCAAGAUGAGAAUGGUAAUCCCCGGAAACGAAAGAAGAAAAACAACGGAACAUCUCAACCAGCGGACUCAGUAGACGGACCGAUAAUCCCCCCAGAUUGUCCUGGGGCACCAGCAAUCGAUGGGCAAAAUCAAGGGGGUCCAUCGUAUAUGAACGGAGGAGAAGCGUCGGGCAACCCUGGGCAGCAAGGAUUCAACGAUUAUCCUCAAGGGUUGAUGGGGGGCGCAUCGGCAACGACGAAUGGAACUUCGUCUCAGCAGGCGAACGGCCAGCUGGCUUCAGUUGCUUUCCCAGUUAAUGUCUCAGCAGCUGAGGCAGCACGCCGAAAAGAGGCAGCCACGACAAUGCUCAGCAACGCUGGUGUCGAUCCCACCACAUUGUCUCCUGAGCAGUUUGGUAUCUUCGCCAACCAAGCACCAGAGUUGCAGCGCGAGUCACUGAACAUGCUUGUCAAAUAUGGUGCAGAACGGCUCCGUAUUGUCCAUCCCGGUAACAAGGAAGGCUCAACACAGGCAAGCUCUUCAACACAGAGCAGCCAGACAACUUCAACUGGACCUAGAACUACCAAAGAGCUAGUGCCACAGUCAAGUGCUCAGAGCAACGCGAACACAGAUACUGAGACAGCAGUAGCUCAGGCUGCUGACGACACUUCCGCUCCUAAGCGUAAGAGGAAGAAGAUGGGCAAGUCGAGAACAGCUUGUUUCCCCUGUAAGGCACGGAAGGCAAAGUGCCCAAGGGAGAGACCAAUCUGCACCGAAUGUGCAGAUCAUGGGACUGCAUGUGAAUAUGCGCCACAGAAACCAAGAAAUAAGGCAACGAAGCCCAAGAAGUCUGAGGCUUUCGUUGUUGAUGAUGACAAAGACGAUGGCGAUGAGGAAGAUGAAGAGGUUGAAUCGCAGGAAGAUGCUGAGGCAGAAGGUUCCGGACAGGAAGAUGACGAACAACAAGACACUUCACAGGACUACUCAUACCCUCAGAUGAAUAUCGGAAACAUGGUCACCAACACUGAUGCAACAACUCAAGAUACCCACUCCACACAAAACAAUUACUAUCAGCCUGCGUCCGGCCUAGUUCUUCCUCAGCCAGACCCUAACUCGACCAGCUCUCAAGCAAUGAGCACAUCAGUAUCGCAGAGAGGCAACUACUCUCAUAACCUGCCAGAAGUGACACAACCCAUGGUCCACCCAGCCCCUCCUAUCCCAGCUCCUGCUGGUACGAUCGCUCCCUCUGAAACAAGGCGAUGGACCGCCUUUGGUAGUGGUAGUGUUGGUGGAAGUAACACCACCAGCAAGACACGAAGAAGUCUUCCGUCCGAGCCCAGCCAUACGAAUGCGCAAAACAUGCCUGCAAACCCACAGCCAUCAGACUGGGCUCAAACUUCCAACGCGACUAUGCCUGCAACAACAAUGGCAUCGGUCUCUCCGCAGAUGACAUACGACACACGCUCAAGCGGGAGAACUCGACAGAAGAACCAGAGCCUAACGAAUGAUACUUCCCAACAAGCUGCAGCAGUGUCCAACACGGCCAUGCAGCAGGCUCAGGCACGUCAAUCGCCCGUCGCUGCAGCAGCCAUGAUGGCACAGACCCGCAAAUCCCCUUAUCAACAAGCUGCGGUUCCUCGCACGACUUCUAGAACAAGCCAGCGAAACCAGUCUCGCACACCUGUAACUGACCAGGCACGAGGUUACCAGCCUCCUUCCAACAUGGCUCAGCAGCAAAAUCCACUAGGCAGCACUCAUUAUGAUACAUCACGCAUAUCCAGUGGUUCUGGCUAUAAUGAUAAUGGGCGUUACAGCAGCACUAGCACCAGCGGAAGCCACCAACCACCGACCACCAUGAGCACAUCUUAUCAGACUACUUCUUCCACAGCAAACCAGUGGUCUAAUUCUUCGAGUCGAAACGAUCGCUCAUAUGGCACCAGCCCAUCAUAUCAAACACCUAAUAUUCACGCACAGACAACAGCGUCCAAGCCAACGGCGUCCAAGCCAACGGCGGCAUCCCGUCAGAACUUUAAUAUGCGUUCAAACACACAACAGCAUAUUCGUGCUAGCAGUGGCUCAUACAACCAGCAGCAGCCACAACAGCAACAGCAGGGUUAUGCAUCAUACUCUGGGUCUACACACCAGAGCCAACAGGGUCAGACAUCAAACCAGCAACAGCCGUCUAGCUGGUACUUCCAAAACUCGCACAACCCUUCUAUUCAUCCUGGGGGCCAGUCAUCUGGCUAUAACUAUGAGCCAUGGUCAGGCGUUUAGGAGCCAGAGUAGUCAAAUGCACACAUCUAUUCAUCUAUGGCUUAUGAUUGGGGCAGAAAUUGCUAUGGAUGGGUUUAGCGAAUCAGUUUAUUUAGCGCAAUGAUCAUGGUAUAAACAGGAAUCAAGUUAAGGCACUCAUGCCUGGAGAUACGCAGCAAUGUCAGACAAUUGAGAAUCGCGGGUUAUAGCAUUUUCUUCUUCUUUUCACCUGAUGGAUGUGAUCGUAUAUUUGAAGCAUCACAUUGCUUAAAUCAUUAUUAGGUGCUAUUCAACUGAUCAUUAACCUUGACUUGUGUGUAUUCCUCUCGAGUUCCGCCAAAUUCCAUGGUAUUUCCAUCACAUUAAUUUCCAGUCGUUCGUCCAGUCAUACAAAGUAUCCCCGUAAGGUAUUCAGAUGGGUUGUCCGUCUUUGGAUAUGUGCUACUCAUCUACUCAACAUGGUCUGAAAUAGCAAACUUGCUGAGAGAUCGCAGCUUGCCACCGUAAAAGUACAGCAGCCAGAUACCAAUGAUACCGAUAACACUCAGACCACCAAGAAGACUGGUACCCUUAGCAACACCGAGAUUGUCGAAUAAGGGCUGGGCAAAGAGAACACUGCCACAAGCAAGAGCACUUCGGAAGAAGUCAUUCGCCGCAAAGAGACUGGCAGCA